AUGGCCAACACUGCACAUUUAUUCCGCAGACAGAGCUCGCGCGAUCUAAUUCAGCAGGCCACCGUGCGCAGCCUGGAUGAGCUCGAGCUGAGGGAGUUGCGCAGCCGACUAGUGCGAGCAGAGAACGGCUCACAGAAUGUGGUGUACGGUGCGACAAACCAGGCAUUCAUCAGCGACGAUGAUCCACCGAUGGGCCGGAUACUGGACAUCGGACCGUCGGCGUCCGGACCGCGCACCGGAGCGGCCAAGCUGACCAUGCAGGCGUCGAUCGCGUCGCAGGCACAGGAGGCCGCCAUCGUCGAGCGGCCGGAAGAUGAGCGCGAGAGCUGGGACAGCAAGUGGACGUUCCUGUUGGCCACCAUCGGCUAUGCCGUCGGACUUGGCAAUGUGUGGCGCUUUCCGUACCUGGCGCAGAAGAACGGGGGCGGCGCGUUCCUGGUGCCGUACUUCGUCAUGCUGCUGCUGCAGGGCCUGCCCAUCUUCUACCUGGAGCUGGCGAUCGGGCAGCGGCUGCGCAAGGGUGCGAUCGGCGUGUGGCACGAGGUGUCCGGAUACCUCGGCGGCAUCGGCAUCUCGUCCGCGUUCGUCAGCUACAUCGUCGCGCUGUACUACAACACCAUCAUCGCCUGGUGCCUGAUCUACCUGCUGCACAGCUUCGAGUCGCCGCUGCCGUGGGCCGAGUGCCCGAAGCGCCUGUUCAAGAACUUCACGUACGACGUCGAGCCGGAGUGCGUGGUGUCGUCGCCGACGAAAUACUACUGGUACCGCGAGACGCUGCAGGUGUCGCCGAACGUGAACGAACCGGAGGGGAUCAACUAUGCGGUCGCGCUGGCGCUCAUCACCGCCUGGUCGCUGGUGUACCUCUGCAUGGUCCAGGGUAUCACCGAGUCAAGCAAGAUCGUCUACGUGACCGCCAUCUUCCCGUACGUGGUGCUCAUCAUCUUCUUCUUCCGCGGUAUCACGCUCAAGGGUGCAUUCGACGGCAUUGCACAUCUGUUUACGCCUCGCUGGGAGUCCAUCCUCGAGCCGGUGGUGUGGUUGGAAGCGGGGACGCAGAUCUUUUUCUCGCUGGGGCUUGCCUUCGGCGGGCUGAUCGCGUUCAGCUCCUACAAUCCCGCCAACAACAACUGCUACCGGGACGCGCUCGUCGUGUCCGUCACCAACUGCUCCACCUCGAUGUUUGCCGGUGUAGUCGUGUUCUCGGUGAUUGGGUUCAAGGCUACCUCCAUCUACGACAGCUGCGUUGAGGAGCGCUCCGAGAUGGUGCGGCAGAACAAGUCCCAUGACCUUCUGCCGGUGUGCGAUCUACAAAAGGAACUCGAAAACAGCGCUUCCGGUACCGGGCUGGCGUUCAUCAUCUUCACCGAGGCCAUCAAUCAGUUUCCGGCCGCGCAGCUGUGGGCGGUCCUGUUCUUCCUGAUGCUGUUCACGCUCGGCAUCGACUCGCAGUUCGGCACGCUCGAGGGCGUCAGCACGUCGCUGAUGGACAUGAAGCUGUUCCCGAACGUCCCGAAAGAGAUGAUCACCGGCGGUCUAUGCGUGUCGUGCUGCGUGCUGUCGAUGUGCUUCGCCAACGGAGCCGGUAGCUACAUCUUCCAGCUGAUGGACAGCUUUGCCGGCAGCUACACGCUGCUGAUCAUUGCGUUCUUCGAGUGCAUUGGCGUUAGCUACAUCUACGGGUUGAAAAGGUUCGCCGACGAUAUCGAGCUGAUGACCGGUGCCCGGCCCAGCCUGUACUGGAUGCUGUGCUGGAAGUACAUCUCGCCGAUCGCCAUGAUCACGAUUCUGGUCGCCUCCUUCCUGGAGCUCGCCUCCGAGGGCAGCAGCUAUCCGGGCUGGAACGCGCUGACCGGCGGCACCGACCGGCUCGAGUGGCCGCACUGGUGCAUCGUGGUGGCCAUCCUGCUGAUCCUCGUGUCAAUUCUCUGGAUUCCGGGGGUGGCCAUUCUGCGGUUAUGCGGCAUCCAUGUGAUCGAGGACACCGAACCGGCCUGGUUUCCGUCGGCCGAGCUGCGCGACGUGCACGGCAUCGUGCCGCACGAGCCGACCGACGUCGAGAUCUCGCUGUUCUGCAUACGCGCCGACGGCUCCGAAGGUCUCUGCUGUCCGACCUACGGACCUCGCGAGCAACCGCUGGACGAGGAGGAGUAAGGCGGGUGUUGUGGCCGCGCUGUUGGCCCUAUCGGAUACUACCACGAGUGAAAUCGGUCUCUGGUGCGUGCCCCCCAAUGCUGUACGCAGCGUCUGAACGACAUCCUGCCUGAGCAAACGGUCACAAGUGAAUCAGAUAAUAAUGACGAUAAUAAUAAUAAUAAUAAUACAUUAUACUAGCGAACCAUUAUUGCAACAAAUGCACAUACAUCAACACACACACACACACACACACACACACGCAUACAUACGUUAGACGGAAAAAGAAUAAAGCCACUAGUAGCUGUAAUGGUUCGACAGUUUAGAAAGCCAUCCUACGCUAUUUUAAGUAUGUAUGUUCGAAUAUAGUGUUACAAGAAGAAAACAGAGUAAACGAAAAAAAAAACAAGACAGUGCAAAACGCUUUCCCCCCAGGCUGUCGGGGUGGGCGGGGGUGGGGGGAAAGGGUCACUUGACAAGACUUGAAGAUUAUACAACCGUUUCCAUCAAUCAAUUAGCGCUACCAGACAGCCGUAGUCCAACAUCAUUGUCGCUACCCUACCGACAUUUUUGGCAUAUCAGUGUGUUCUCAAAUCGACCGUUAUUUAUCCCUGGGAUGCUCCUGGAUUAGCUACCAGCCACCCAGCCCCUCUACCCAGUUGUUCGAUAUAGCGGGGUGAAGGUUAGUGCCGCACCCUUUAACCAAAAACCUAGUAAACGUUGACAAUAACGAUCGUCGCGGGCCGUCGAUGCAAGGCGUCGGCGGGCACCGGGUGUUUGCGUUAGGAAACGAAAAAGAAGAAGAGCAAAAAAAAGCCACGAGACAAUAAAGGAAAAACCCUCGUUAUACCAUGAUUAAACUUGCGCGCGAAUAAACGCGAAAAAAAAACAAAGGCAAACCACUAACAAUAUUACUAUAAGAAAAACACUUGAUUGUUGAAUGCAAUAUAUAUAUAUAAAUAUAUACAUACAUAUACAUAUAUAGAUAUAUAUACAUACACCUGCAUACACUUAUACAUCUAUCUGUACAUAUUAAAAUAAUUUAUAAUAAAUGCGAUGAUGUAGAAUGGGUCUAAGAUGUUA